GAGCCAUUGCACCGUACAAGGAGGGGCAGAAAAAGCCCAAACGCCCAAAACUCAACCACCUCCGUCAGCUUUCCUUAGUUUAUGAAAACAUCAAAACAUAAGGAAACGGGAGGAUAGCGACGCUGAGAACCAUCGACAAAGUGCAAAAGACACUCUCUACUUGCCUGAGCAAAGAUACGAGCAAAGACGCGGGAGACGUUUGCGGAGAAGUAAGAGGAGGAGGCGCCAAGUACAAAGCGAGAUAGAACGAAAGGAUCCUCUAACUCAACUUGAAAUAAGGUACAGAAAAUAUAAUAAAUCCAUAACAAACUUACUGUAAUAUCUGUAAGAGAGACUGUGUUUUGAAAGAGGAUCCUUUAAAAAACAAAAACGGACUGAAAGCCUUGAGUGUGUGUGGGAGGAAGCGAAAGUGGUGGAAAACGGAAGAGCCGUCCCAGAUAAACAAGAGCUUUCAUGAUACUACGAGAGGGGGGGGGGGAGUGUAAAACGACGCAGUACAAAACAAGCAAACAACUAACAAAAAGUGAGAGACCCACUGAAAAUUGAUUGAGAACAAUAAAUAAUGAACUGCUAAAAAAUACCAGCACUGGGGGAGGAGCGUGUCUAACAAUCUUAGACGCUGCUGGGGGAAAGUGCUUUAAAGGGACAGUUGAAAAUGGCAUCGAAAAGAAACAACACAAAAUUAGUGAAUGGUGAUUCCAAAACUCCUGAGAAGAGCAACAUGGAAGGCACACAAAGAAUGGAACAACUAUUGGAAGGGAUUGCAACUAGAUUGAACAAGAUAGAAGAAGAGAUCCAACUAGUAAGAGAAGAAGUUUCACAAGUCAAAAAGACGGAAGAAACAAUAUUGAAGCUAAAUCAGGACAUGAAUGAAACAAAAGUUCAAGUAAGAGAUCUAAGAGAGGAAGCUACAGUGCAAACUACUGUACAUGGAAAUAAAACAAAAUGAACGGACUAUAAGAGUAAGAGGUGUACAAGAAAUGGAAAAUGAAAAUUUAAGAUCCAGAAUAGUCCCAGUGUUUGCUGAAGCCAUCAAUAUGGAAGAAGAUGACUUUGACUUAGAAAUAGAUGAUAUUUUCCGGAUAAACUCUAGAUUUGCCUUAGAAAAAAAACUGCCAUGGGAUAUUCUAAUUAACUUUACAAAAAGAUCACUAAAAGAGGAAAUCCUCCAUAAACACUCAACUCAUAAGAUCCAACUAGAAGGACAAAACCUAGUAAUCUACAAGGAAAUCCCUAUCUCAAUAAGGAGACGAAGAAAAGAGUAUGCCCCAUUAACAGACACCUUAAGGAAAAAGAACAUUUUGUAUAAAUGGAAUCAAAUUGAAGGAGUGACCUUCACAUUUAAAGGGAAGAGAGUAAACAUUGAUUCAACACCAAAAAUGGAUGAAUUCUUAAAGAAAAACAAAAGAGAACUGGGCUUAGUAUAGAAACCACAGUUGAGCAAUCUGCUGCCCAUGGGGAAGGCCAUGCAGUGCAAGCCAAUGCAGAGUUAUUCUAAUCUAAGCCCACUGGUUUUAGCAGAGUGCAAGUCUACCAUCUUUACAUUUGGACAGGAAUUCACAAACAUUUUUGCCAAGCUCAUAACAAUGGGAGUGAUGUGCUCAGAAAAAAAAGGAAAGCAUUUGGGAACAUGAAGCCUGUUGUUGUAGUUCAUGGAGGAGCUGGCCGCAUCUUUAAAGAACGGGAAGAAGGAAGCCGUUCCGGUGUAAAGAGAGCAGCUCUGAAAGGUUACAGUAUCCUUAAACAGGGAGGAACUGCAUUAGAUGCAGUUGAAGAAGCUGUUGCAGUAAUGGAAGAUGAUCCACAUUUUAAUGCAGGUUGUGGCUCUGUGUUAAAUGAGAAGGGUGAAGUGGAAAUGGAUGCCAUUAUCAUGGAUGGAAAAAGUCUAGCCUCGGGGGCAGUAUCUGCAGUGAAGUGUAUAGCUAAUCCCAUAAAACUUUCUCGGCUUGUCAUGGAAAAGACAGACCAUAUGUUGCUGACUGACCAGGGAGCUUUUGGCUUUGCCAAAGCCAUGGGAUUUCCUGAGGUUUCAGGAGAGAAACUCAUCACUGAAAGAUCUCUGGAUAGGUGGAAGAAAAAUCUUGAGGCCGAUUCAAACCCUCAACAAUUCCAAAAAGACCUUGGAACUGUUGGAGCCGUUGCGAUCGACAGUGCAGGAAAUGUCGCUUGUGCAACAUCAACAGGGGGACUUACUAACAAACUGGUUGGCCGUGUUGGUGAUACAGCCUGCAUAGGAUGUGGUGGUUAUGCAGAUAAUAAUGUUGGUGCUACCUCUACCACUGGCCAUGGCGAGAGCAUUAUGAAAGUGGUUCUAGCCAGGCUUGUCCUUUAUCACAUGGAACAAGGGAAGUCACCACAAGAUGCUGCUGACAUUGCCUUAGAUUUCAUGAAGACAAGAGUUGGCGGGUUGGGUGGGGUUAUUGUCAUCAGCCAUUCAGGUGACUGGGCUGCCAGGUUUUCCACCAAGGAGAUGGCGUGGGCCACAGUUAAGGAUGACCUGCUGCAGUGUGGUAUUCAUCCCGGGGAGAGACAUGAGCAAUCUGCUGACGAAGCCCUGAGCACCAUGGGAUCCUAAGAAAUAAGGGAAGAAGGAGGUGGAGGCUCUACAGUAGGACAAAGAUCGUACAUCUUCAUCGGGAAGCAAAUCUGUUGUCCCCAUCCUAAAUGACUUCCUUUAGAUUUAUAUUUCUCUGUUCUCCAGGGUCAGUAGCUUGAAAGUAACUUUUCACAUUAUAUAACUGUUGUAGGAAACCAGUGCUUACUGUAGAAAAAAUCCUAUAUUUUAAUAUUAAUUAUUGUGUCAUAUGUUUAUCCUAGAUAUAUUGUUCAGAUGCUGGCCUGUAUUCUGACUGAAAAAUUUCCCAUGGAUUAUAAUCUGUGUUUUGCAUAUCCUGCUGCAGACAAAAGGGAAACUAGCCUAGAAUCCAUUGAUCUCAUUGGUUUCUGGUCACAUGAUACUUUUACAGUCCGGUAAGAGAACAAGUAGUAUGAAAAUUGAAAGUAGUUAAUCACCUGGAGGAUCAAAAAAAAAUUGAUAAACAUACUGUAUUGUAAAUUGUAUUCAUCUUGAUGCGUACGUCUUUAUACAGUGUGUUCUCAUAUAUUUUAAGAAGUAUGCAGGACUGCAUUUCUACAUAUGUAAUGAUGAAAGAAGCAACCUUGGCUAUUUUGGUGCUGAUGGAAAGAUGAACACCUUAGUAAUCAUAUUGUGCUUGGACUUAGGGUGUUUACUACUACUGAUUACUCCGUAUGGAUAUUCCGAAAUGGGGAAGCUUAGACUAGAAUAUUACUGAACAUUGAGCUAUUUGCCUGCAGAAAAUACGACUUUGUGGGGGAAUGAAUAUAAAUGCCAAGUUCUGUCAGAGAAAAAUAUAAUAAGUUUUUAAUGUAUAACAUUUUAAAGUGUCUCUCUUAAAAGACUGUACUACAGAAUCAAAGGUUAUAACAAGCAAUAUGUUUUAAUAGUAAUAUACAGUAUUAUAAAUAAGCAGUCAACUAAUUGAAGUUAUCAGUUCAAGAAAAUAAGUUUCCUUGUGUAAAGUUUCUAUUGUAUUCUAUGUAAACACAUUUUUGGAGGUUCUGUUUAUUGUUGUCAGAGAACAACACGACCCAGGGGCAUAUUUGUACUUAAUUAUUUACAAGAUCCUGGUAAUGUGUGCGGAAAAACAAAUACUUGCCUGUAUCUGGACUGAUUUGAGAUCUAGCACAAUUCUUAACUACUGCUGACGGUUGGGGCAAAACUGGAAGCUUUCUUUAAUUAAUUGCAGUGUUGUAAUCUGUCAGUCAUGAAUUGUACAGUAAGAGGUUGCAAAUUGAAAUGUCUGUUGGUAGUAUAAUAUUUGCAAGGAAGAUUUUAAUUUUUAGGUAAGGUAUUUGUAUUGUAUUCCAGCUUUUCCAUUUCUUGUUAAAAAUUAAAGCAAUUUAGUAAAUGACUUUGGUGCCAUUUCUUUUCUUUGAUUUGGCAAAUAAUCAGUGGUGUGACGACCUACGAUGUGCUUUAUGUGAAAUAACUCCAAUAAAACCUGCACACUAAGA